AGUAAUUGGAACAGAUUAUAGUUAUAAGCAUACGAUUGUUUGGAAAAACGCUAUAGGAUUCUUGGUGAUGCAUAUCCUUGCUCUAUGGGGAGUUGGUCUUCUGUUCGCGGGAUACAUGUCAUGGAAGACCAUAGUAUGGAUCUUCUUCAUCACUUUUCUGGCUUCCGAAGGAAUAACAAUAGGAGCCCACCGUUUUUACACACACAAAUCAUUUAAAGCAACGCCAUUCCUCAAAGCCGUCUUUAUAUUGUGUCAAACUAUUGCUGGACAGAACUCCAUGUUCAUCUGGUGUCGCGAUCAUCGUCUUCACCACCGAUACUCCGACACUGACGGCGACCCUCACAACUCCAAGCGUGGUUUCUUCUUCUGUCACAUUGGCUGGCUCAUGCAUAAGAAGCACCCCUACGUUGUUCAACUUGGCAGAAAGAUUGACAUGAGCGACUUGCAAGCUGAUUGGAUGGUGAUGCUACAAAAGAAGUAUUACUAUCACCUAUACUUCUUCUUAGCCUUCCUAAUACCUGUGUGGGUACCAGUACAUUUCUUCGGUGAAUCCGUAUUAAAUUCCAUCUUGGUUUGCUAUUUCGCUCGCUACAUGCUACAACUGAAUGGAACUUGGCUGGUUAACAGUGCUGCUCACCUUUAUGGAACAAGGCCUUAUGAUGCAAAACUGCAGCCAGUAGAAUCAUGGUUCGUGUCAAUGAUAAGUCUGGGCGAGGGUUGGCACAACUACCACCACACGUUCCCCUGGGAUUAUAAGGCAGCUGAGUUGACCAUGCACUUCAACCAAUCAGCGAGCAUUAUCAGAUUCUUCGAAAGGAUUGGAUUGGCCUACGAUUUGAAAACUGCUUCACCUGAACUAGUAACCAACAGGAUCCUGAGGACAGGAGACGGCAGUCACUUCAAGAUGGGCAAUGAAGAAGCUCGCGCGGCAGUAACAGCCUGGGGUCCACUGCACCCACUCAACCCGACCUACAACACCACACUCAAAGCCCCAGAUGCCAUCCUCAAACCCGAAGGACUACCACUCUACCACGAAAAGGAUACUCUCAACCUUACUGUUAUACAGAAGAACUCGAGACGUGGUUGAUCAUCGUCAAGUAUCAACUUGUGUCAUACUAUUCCUACUCG